GAUGAAUGGUCUUUUUUAAUGUUGUUUUGAUACGACACUUUGUUUAUUUAUUUAGAAACUAUCAUAAUACGUAAGCACGGGUUGCAAUGCUGCCGCGAUAUUUUUUUAUUGUAAUGUGCUUAUCGUAUAGCAUGAAAUUAGUUCUGUUAUAUGUAAAAUUAAUCAUCAUUAUUGUAUAGUUUGAUUAUUGUAUAUAUAAAAUUAGGUACAUAUAUAUAAAGUCUCCAUUAGGAGUAAAUCGUAGUAUCAUUCUAACAGUGUAGUUUGUCAUCUCACAGAAAAUAAUUUUGUUUUUUUUCCUUUUAGAAUGGCAGAAAUAGCUGUGAAGUUGGCUAUUGACCAAUUACUUCCAUUGUUAAAAAAAGAAGUGAAACUGCUUAAAGGUGUUCACAAGGAAUUUACAGACAUUAAAGAUGAACUGGAAAGCAUCCAAGCCUUCCUUAAGGAUGCUGAUAGAAGAGCUGCUGCAGCUGAUGGAGACAACAAUAGUGAAGGAGUCAAAACCUGGGUGAAACAGGUUACGGAAGCAGCUUUUCGGAUAGAAGACAUCAUUGAUAACUAUAUGAUGUAUGUGGGACAACAACCGCGUAAUCCCGGAUGUGCAGCUUUAAUCAACAAUUUUAUAACUUCGAAACAACGCCAUCAAAUAGCGUCUGGAAUUCAGGACAUCAAGUCAUCGGUGUCUAGGAUCAAGGAAAGAAGUGAAAGAUAUGGUUUCCAACGUUCUUUGAAUCAAGGGUCAAGAGAUUACAGAGGAAGCCGGAAUAACCAAUGGCACGACCCUCGAGUGGCUGCUCUUAACAUUGUGGAAGCUGAUGUUGUGGGCUUUGAGGUGCCCAAACAAAGAUUGAUUAAUUGGAUGGUAAAGGGAAAAGAGCCUACUGUCAUCUCAAUAGUAGGAAUGGGAGGGCAAGGAAAAACCACCCUUGCCAAGAUUGUUUUUGACAACAAGGAUAUUAUUGGACACUUUGAUUGUCAUGUUUUUAUCACAGUGUCUCAAUCAUAUACUGUUGAAGGUUUGUUGAGGAACAUGCUGGUAAAGCUUUAUAAAGAAAACGACGAGGUUCCUCCUCCGAGGAUUUUUGAAAAGUAUCAAGAGUCAAUGUUGACUGAUGAAGUGAAAAACUACUUGCAGAAUAAGAGGUACGUUGUUGUGUUUGAUGAUGUUUGGAAUGAACAUUUCUGGGAUGAUGUUGAAUUUGCUUUAAUUGAUAAUAAAAAUGGAAGUAAAAUAUUAAUCACAACAAGGAACGCCAAUGUUCUGGUGUCUUGUAGUAAAUCUUCUUUCAUUGUAAAAAAGCAUGAAUUGCAACCUUUAACUCCAAAACAGUCUCGAGAGUUGUUCAAUAAAAAGGCAUUCAAAAUUAACAAUGAUUCAAAAAAGCUCAAUGAUAUAGCUUAUGAAAUUGUUGAACAAUGCAAUGGUUUACCACUAGCAAUUGUUGCCAUUGGUGGUCUUUUGUCUACAAGAGAGAAAAAUGUGUCUGAGUGGGAGCAAUUUAGAGAUAAUCUAAGUUUAGCUCUAAGAAAUGAUACACAUUUAAUUGGCAUAAAAAAAAUUUUAGGUUUAAGUUAUGAUGAUUUGCCUUACUAUCUCAAGGCAUGCUUGUUGUAUUUUGGAUUAUAUCCAAAAGUUUAUGAAAUUAAAUCAAAGAGGGUGAUUCGACAGUGGAUAGCUGAAGGGUUUGUGAAGGAGGAAAAGGGGAAGACUUUAGAAGAAGUUGCAGAAGGAUAUUUAAUUGAGUUGAUCCAUAGAAGCUUGGUGCAGGUAUCUUCCGUUAAAAUUGAUGGUAAAGUUAAAGGUUGUCGUGUUCAUGAUCAAAUACGCGACAUGAUCCGCGAAAAAUUUGAGGAUUUCAAUUUUUGCAAGCCUAUUAGUGAAGAUGGACAGUCAUCCUCAGUUGGAAUAAUUCGGCACUUAUCAAUAUCAACCACUUCCGUUUAUUUAAUGGAUCGUAUUGAAAGCUCGUAUGUUCGGUCACUACAUGUUUUCCAAGAUGAAGAUGAAUAUGUAUGCCAUGAACCGACAAUCCCUGAAAAAUUCAAGUUAUUGAAGGUUCUUGAUUUUGAAUCUGCUCCAAUGUUGAAUGUUCCUAAGAAUUUGGGAGAUUUGAUCCACUUGAAGUAUUUAAGCUUCAGGAGUUCAAAUCAUGUCUCAAAAUCAAUUGGUAUGUUCCAAAACCUAGAGACAUUGGAUGUAGGGGAUACAACUACCCGUGAGUUGCCAAAGGAAAUUAGCAAGCUUAGAAAGCUAAGGCACCUUAUUGGAUAUAGAUUGUCUUUAAUUCAAUUAAAGGAUGGUAUUGGAAAGAUGACAUCCCUACAAACACUAUGCUCUGUUGAUUUAGGAAAGGGUGGAGCAGAGGUAAUUAAAGAGUUAGGAAAGCUGAAGCAAAUAAGGGAUUUGGUGUUGGUUAAUGUUCAUACAGAAGAUGUAAGCAUUCUAUCUUCCGCAAUCGAUGAAAUGAAACGCAUAGAAAAACUAUCUGUUUCAUCAUUUGAUAUACAUACAUUCAUUGAUUUGAAUUUGAUUUCACCGCCAACUAAGCUUCGAAAACUUCAACUACAUGGGAAGCUACAGAAGUUACCAAAGUCGAUAUUAGAGCUUCAAAAUCUUGUUGUGUUGAAAUUGUCAAAAUCCAAGUUAACUGAAGAUCUAAUGGAAUCCCUACAAAGUUUGCAACACAGCUUGUUGAUCCUCUCUAUAGGUGAUGAUGCUUAUCAAGGUUCACAUUUGCAUUUUCAAAAUGGAUGGUUUCAGAAACUAAAAGAACUUUAUGUUGCACUUGGACUUGGACAUGGGGAUAUCAAUACUGUUAUUGACAAAGGAGCACUGCCUUCUCUACAAAAACUACAUUUAGAGAAGAAUAUACCCACCGGCAUCCAACACUUAAAGAAGCUUGAAGUUCUCUAUAUUUCUAGAAUGGAAGCUGAAUUUGUGCAGCACAUUUCUACUACUGAGGAUUGGAAUUGGAUCAUGGAGCAUGUGCCAAAUGUAGAAAUUCAUACCAAAGAUGGGGAAGUUAUUGGAAACUCGGACUUGACAAAGCAUAAGAAUUCUUUUCAGCAUUUUCUGUUGUAUUUUUCAUCCUACCCUUAUCUUAGCUUCUUUUUCUCUCUCUUCUGUGUUAUUCUUUUUUUCCAUGUCUUCUUUAAUAAGUAACUAGCGCAAUACCCUUGUAAUCAAUACUAUUUUAUAUGUAUUUCCCUUGGGUAACAAAAAUGUAUGUUAGUGUACAUGCGAUAGCAUUUGUCUCGUUUAUAAUUUGUACAGUUAAUUACAAAAA